UCAACCGAGUAUAGCAGGGAGCGAUGGAGGCUCUGCUCUCCCAGCUGGCCUUCCUCGCCAACCAGGCUCUCCACGACAAGAACUUCGAUCCCUCGGCGUUGGAAGAGCUCUUGGCCCUCUUCGAGCAAGAGGCCUACGCCUCCUGGGCCGCCGAGCACCAGAAGGCCGCCGCCGACGACGCCAAGGUCUCCAUCAAAGACGCGGAGGACCACCUCCAGUCCCUCGUGGCCGACUUCAGUGGCUUCCGCCGCCAGGCCGAUGAGCCUGCGACGGAGGCCGAGCCGUCGAGCUCAGAGCGGGACGGUGACGCGAGGCAGGAGCUGGGCAAGUCCCCCUGCGCGGCGGCCGCCAGUACGGCCUCCAACAAGUACGCGGACGCGGCGGUGGCUUCGGCCUUGGCCACCGUGAAGUCCGCUUUUGCUUCCUCGAAGCUCCAGCCCUGAUUAGAUCUCACCGUGUAGCUGAAAACCAGUGAGCGGCGGCAUAAGUCACAGUCUGUGUGUGGUUGCGUGUGUAAUUUAGUAUCAGCUUGGGUUCGAUAUGAGAUGGAGGUGGCGAUGGCGGAGACGAACAUUGUUGCGUUGUGGUUCUGCAGUCCCUUUGGAUAGCGCGAAAAGUCCAAGUUGCAAUGUCCCACUCCCACCGCUAUUGCCGUCCUGCAUUAUUGUAGUGUCGGCCGUCGUGUCGCUUCCUGGAGAUCCUAUUUACUCGAUUGACGAUUUUUCCUUUUCUUCUAAUAUUUGAACUCUUUCGGGGGCUAAAUGA